CUCCUUUUCUAGAACCAAGAAGAAAACGCAUUUUGUCUGCUCCAGGUCCUUUUUCCCCCCUCUCACACCAGAGUUUCUACUAGGGUUCCACGGGAUGCUGCUCAAGAUCAUUGCUGGGAGCAAAACGCAGGUAUCUGGGUAUGCUACAUUUUCACAGAGAUCGCUGCUACGAGCCCCUCUGUGGAGAGGGAAGAAAGAUCUCGGCUCUGAGGCGUUGCAAGCCGCGGCAGCUUUGAAACUGGCCAAGCGAGAUUCAAAAGCGCUCCAAGAGGUGCUCGCUUCCAAAGUCGGCCGGCUUGUCAAGUUGGAUCUAUUGGCGCUGCUACAUGCGCUCCAGCGACACGACGAAGUGGAUCUAGCUUUCCAAGUUUUUGAGCGAGCACGCAAGGAAGUCUGGUACAAACCCAGCGUUCCACUCUACCGAGACAUGCUCAAGUCUCUCGCGAGGAACGGGAGGGUCGAAGGCGUCUACUCGCUCUUCGAAACGAUCAAGCAAGAGAAAGCCGAGCCUCACAUUGCCAUGUUCACGGAAGUGAUCGACAUCUUCGUUGGGUCGGGGCGUUUCCGAGAUGCGCUCAAGGUGUUCGAGAUGAUGAAGGAAUCGGAGGCUCCCCCCAACGUUCGCACCUACAGGACCAUUAUCAAUUGCCUCAACAAGCAGGAUCAGUUCGAGCUGUCGGCGAAAAUCGAGAGGGAGCUCAAGGUAUACGUGGAGAAGACUUUUGGCCGCGACGGUGUACCCCCGUGCUCGCAACCUGUGCCUCGGUGUAACCGGGUAAGGCCCUCGUAUGUCACAACCUUUGUUAGAGGUGAGUAUCUGUAUUGAUAGUUCAAAGUUAACCAUUAUAUAUUUAUUUGUAUGGUUAACAGCAUCUAGUCAUGAUUUUUAAAUAAUUGUCUCAAAUAAAUAUAUUAUUAUUUA